CUCAGAGCACCUGCGCCCGCGCUCCGUAGCGCCGCUCGCCGCGUGCUCAGUCCCCGCGCCCGCGCCCGCGCACGGCCCGCGUCGCCAGCGUCGAGACGCCGCCCACGAAGUUGAAUACGGGGGGAGUGUAGAGCGGGGUGCUCCUGAGAGGAGCCUCCGCCCGCACGCAAACGAACGGCACCGAAAGCGCCUUCGCGCGGCGCCAUGUCCGCGUCGCCGCCAGCCGCGUGCGAGGAGCGAGCGCGCACUCCGCGAGGCUGCGCCUCACCCGCCUCUGCGCCGCGCUCGCCUGCGCCCGCGCACGCCGUGCUUGCCACCAUGACUCCCGUGCAGCCGGCGCACGACUAUUACCCUCACAAGGUUGAGAUGGACUCCGACGAUGGCUAUGAUGCUCACUCCUAUCGCCAUUCACCACAUGAACUCGCGGCUUACGCUCCGGACAGCAAAGUACCCGUGCAACCUGAUGUCUACGACCAAGGAAUGGAGUCCAUCGACGAGAAGACACCCAUUGAUCUCAUUUACGAGGAUGAUAAACAAACCGUAAUAUAUACGACGACGCCAGACCAGAAGCGGGUUGAAAUGAUUAGCGGGCAGCUAGAAGAUGGACAGUUGGUGGGAGGAGGAGGGCAGCUGGUAGAUGGCGGUGUCUCCGUGGUUGUCGGUGCAUCGGGACAGGGCACGGUUCUCGUGCUGGCUGACCAUGUUGUUGACGAGCUCGGACAAGUUAUCACCAUACCCAGACGACGCAAAGAGAUGAUGGAGGUAGGCGGAGAAACGUGGCGCGCGUACUACUCGUCCGGGGCGGAGCACCCGCUGAGCGCUGCUACAUCGGCGGUGCUCGGCGUACCCGACGACUCACAACCGCAGCCGCUGGUCACCGAGUAUUACAAGCUGCCGCCGCUGAGCCACGACUCCCACAUCAAUUUACACAAAGACGCCAAAAUCGUUGAUGUCUGGCAGGCCGGCGGAGCUCUGAAGGCGACCAAUGGCGCGCACGGGGCGGAGCUGGGCGAGCUCUCGGGCUUGCUGCACGCGGGCCUCGUGAAGCGUGAGCCCGAGGAUCUGAGCCGCAAGGUGGUCGACGAGCCCGAGCCGCACGCGCUCAAGCCGCCGCGACACAAGGUGGCGGUCGGCGAGCCUGGUGAAGCGGCAUCGCCGUCGCCAGUACCAUCGCGGGCCUCUUCGGCUGGCUCGCUGCUUCCAGACCCAGCCAUGUAUGCCGCACAGAUGUUCGCGCCUCCAGGCACUCCCAGUCCCACUCCUUACGGCGAGCAGUACUCGCGCCAGCCGGCCACAUUUCCUGGAGAGCCUUAUUAUCGAGAAUACUUUGUGGGCGAUGGUUAUCAGCAGCGAGCUGCACCACCUUACUCUGAUGCCGAAACAGCUCCAACUUCGGCCUUUGGUGACCGUUAUGCCGCUCCUCGGUAUCACAGCAAGAGUGUGAUUGCAGCCGCUGGUCUUACAGUGGACCUACCCUCACCGGACAGUGGCAUCGGCGCAGAUGCCGUCACUCCUCGAGACCACACGGCCGUUCAGCAGCAGUCGUUCGACUACUCGGUGAUUUGCCCGCAAUCGAGUGUGGGAGAGGAUGGACGAGGCACUCCUGCGCACCACUCCCCCUCGCAGGCACCGCGAACGCGCCCCUGGCAUGACUUUGGCCGGCAGAAUGAUGCCGAUAAGAUACAAAUUGCCAAACUGUUUUCCCCCUAUGGCUUUAAAUACCACCUGGAGACUGCGAGCAGCAGCUCCCAGCGGCGCGAGGACGACCGCAUCACCUACAUCAACAAGGGCCAAUUCUACGGGAUUACGCUCGAGUACAUACAUGAUCCUGACAAACCUCUGAAAAAUCAGACCGUUAAGAGUGUAGUAAUGCUGGUCUUCCGAGAAGAAAAAUCACCAGAAGAUGAAAUCAAAGCUUGGCAGUUCUGGCACGGUCGACAACAUUCAGUAAAACAAAGGAUAUUGGACGCAGACACCAAGAACAGCAUUGGGUUAGCCGGCUGCAUCGAAGAAGUGGCGCACAACGCUAUCGCCGUCUACUGGAACCCUCUCGAGAGCGCCGCUAAAAUCAAUAUCGCUGUCCAGUGCCUCAGUACGGACUUCAGCAGUCAAAAAGGAGUAAAGGGUUUGCCGUUGCAUAUUCAAAUAGACACGUUCGAGGACCCGAGAGAUACACAAGUAUACCACAGGGCAUAUUGCCAAAUUAAGGUGUUCUGUGAUAAGGGUGCCGAAAGAAAAACAAGAGAUGAAGAAAGAAGAGCAGCAAAAAGAAAAAUGUCAGCUACAAAUAGAAAGAAACUGGACGAAAUCUACCACCCUGUGACAGAACGAAGCGAGUUCUAUACGAUGGCCGAUUUAUCAAAGCCACCGGUAUUAUUCAGCCCUGCUGAAGACAUCGACAAACUGGCCGGAAUGGACAUCCAAGGCUUCUACGGACACGACGACGCUGCGUUGGCAGAGGCCCACCUAAAGGGAGCUUCGCCUUUCCUCUUGCAUGCAGCUAAACCACAGGCGCCGGCGCUGAAGUUUCAUAAUCAUUUCCCACCAGAUGCUCCAGCGUACAGAUCAGAUGUGGGUGGGUUAUCUCCAUACGGCGACCGCAAAGACUCUCUGGAGUUAGAGGGUGUACUGGGUAAACGCGCGCGCACGAGCACACCACCGCUCAGCGAGCGCGUCAUGCUGUACGUGCGCCAGGACACCGACGACGUGUACACGCCACUGCACGUAGCGCCACCGACCACGCAGGGCCUGCUACAUGCAAUUGAGAAUAAGUACAAAAUUUCAAGUUCGGCAAUUAAUAAUCUUUAUCGAAAGAACAAGAAAGGGAUUACGGCCAAAAUUGACGAUGAAAUGUUGGCGUAUUAUUGCAAUGAGGAUCUAUUCCUGCUGGAAGUGCGGCCGGCUGGAGCCAGCGAGGACGAGCCUCUCUAUGACAUUACCUUCGUCGAGUUGCCGCUUGAGCAUUAGCCCCCGUCGCAGCCGAGAGAAGCAGCGGCGGUCAUGUGCCAACGCCCGAGCUCAGCCUCUACGGAUCUUCGCCACUCUACAGCCAAGCGCCCUGCGUACACGUACUGGCGACAUAACCACUUGUGAAAAUGGACUCUUAAUUCGAUUUUUAGCUGUGGCGUGUUUUGGACAAUCGUAUUGACCUUCCCCGUACACUCAUUAUAUAAAAUUAUUUAUAAAUGGGAUAAUGUCUCAAAAAGUGUCGAUCUCAGAUUGAAAUUUACUUUUAAGUAAUUCAUCAACCUAACUUUGUUAUACUGGAAUGUACUCGUCACAUUUUUUUCCGGUCGUUGGCAUGGUGAGUCGACGAACCGAAAAGUAAGCACUUGUAAAUAUUACACACAUUAGUGCCUUAUGAAAUCACAGAAUGUAAUGUAAUGAUGUGGUGGUGGCAAGGGAGAUGGCUAUAGCGAGAACAUAUCAAUAUAUUUGACCAUCAAAGUCUAAAACAUAAUUUUCAACGAAUGAUCUGAUGCUGAAUAAACGUGUGUGCCAUUCACUCGGUUAUUAUAAUAGAUAUAUGUUUAUAUAGUUAUCGAUUCAACAGGUACCUUUUAAUCUUGCCAUGAUGAUAAAGUAAGAAAAUCUUGUCACAAAACCUUAUGUAGAGAUAUAUAUCUACAGUGAGUUAAAAGUUAAUAAUGUGCCUUCGACUUAAUCAUUAUAAUUAUUAUCUUUUAUUGUAAGUGUGUUAAGUCAAAUUAAAUGCCAUCCACUUUGUUAAGUUUUCUAAACAUAAGUUUGGUUAUAAGUUCGCUCAAUUCAUUCACUUAGUAACGAUGAUUUAGUUUUUAGGAACGAACACCGCGUCUGUUGUUUCUGUGCUUGAUCAAACGAAUUUAAAUAUUAUUUUUAAGAAACAUAUUGAAAUACAACUAUAAGUGGUAUUUAUCCAACAGCUUAACCUUGUGAGAUUGGUAUACUAUAUACCACACAAAAUUAAUAAAUUAAAAUUAAUAACCCACAUUUUAAAUUAAUGUAAUGGAAUCAACGGGCGUAUUACAAUUCUAAACGAGACAUAGUCAUUUUAAACAUAGUCACAUCCAUCCGAUAAACAUUUACAUUAUCAUCGACGGGAGUGGUUUGUGUAUAAUUUAAGAUUUUUAUUAUUGAUAAUAGAAGUUAAUAUUAUAAUUGAAUUUCGAUACGCUAAGUUAUCGGGCCAUGACAACAUUUUAGAUUAUGAAAAGUAUUUUCUGUCCAAGACUUAUAGACUUACGUAUAAGAUGUCGUAUGUUCUAAAUAUAUUUUUUUAUGUAUUCUGUACCAAUACUUCUAUCUACAUGGACUAGUGUUACAUACAAACAUUUUCUGUAAAUUUAUUACAACAAAGAAAUCUUAGUUGCCGUAUAUCUUUUCAAGAUGUUUUAUACAGUUAAGUUUUCUCCACCGAUGUAUCUUCCAAAAUUCAGAACCAGGUUCUGUUCUAAACGAAUUGGUCGUAGAUGUCGCUCAUGACGAAUUAGAGUUGUGACUAGUGCGGACGGUUCGAUUAACUGCCAUAUUACACAUAGUUUAGAUUACUUAUCUUAGUUGUAGAUUCUAAGCAUAGUUCGUUUUAUUGUCACGCGACCUUUGCAGGUAGGCAUCGAAUUUUAAUUAAGAUGAUGUUAUUGAUAUUUACGUAUUCUGUGUAUUGUUUUUGUUUCUUUUUCUUUGCUACAAACGCGUCGCGAGUCGUCACGUUUAAUUCGGUCUUUCUAUCAAUCGUUUUAUUUGCAUUUUACACUUGUUAAUGUAUCUUCACUACCCAAAUAGAGCUAAAUUUUCUAUUUUUUAUUUGCUCAAAGUCUGCACUCGCCAUUACAGUGCGCGGUCUCUAACGUCACAUUGUUAUCACAUAAUAUCUACUAUUUAAUAUACCUACCUAUUCAUUUAAUAUUUAUUUAUGUACUUAUAGUAAAUUGUGCAGCUUUAAUGUUUACUUACAUGGUUUUAGUUCGUGAUUCAGAAUCUCGUCAUAAGUCACAAACGUCAGUAGCAAUAACGUAAAGCAGUAGUAAUUAAUGGGCUAGUUCUCGGCACGUCGCCAAUCGCCGCCGUGUUGUCGCCUGACGUUGUGCAAUGUAUCAGAGUUUUACUUUAAAUUAGUGUGUAAUGGAGUCGGAUUGUACCGAGUGGUACGAUGAAGGGUAGAUGAGGUAGCGAGUUCGCAGGCAGGCUUGGCGAAGCGGUGACGCGCCGCAAACUACCGCCACGGAGUAUAGUCACACUAGUUAAAGACACCCCCGAAAGUGGUAGCACAUUUUCGUUAAUAAAUUCUACUGUACUUAAGUUUUAAAUGAAAUAGAUGUUACGUUAUUCUUUUAUAUGAAUAUUUGUAAGUUGUCAUAAAAAUAUUAUUAAUAUAAUUAUUUUUAUCAAA